GGCUGAUCAUCACCGGACGGGACGGUGCCGUUCUUGAGCGAAAGUUAACACACGAAUAAUGACUUAUUACGCGUCCGCGAUGCGCUUAUUCUGGCGACGGGACACUGCGGCACGCCGUGUGACGCUGGGGUAGGAAUUAUCCGACGGGGGUUAACUGGCAAUUUUGGUGUAUUUAACAGCAAAGUUAUUGGAGGAACUUGUCGCAGUGGAUCCCCGGCGUGCUGCCUGGAUUACCAUACACAAGUGGAACAAUAGUCUCCUGCAGCAGGAACGCAAGCAGGCCCGUGGGCCCCAGUGGUGCGACUGAGAAGAUGGACAGGAUGAAGAUAAUAAAACGGAGACUGUCCAUGUCUCUACGCAGCGCUCGGCCCGUCGAUGACUCUCUGUCCGAACUCGCAGAACAGAUGGCGCUGGAUGAGCCAUCCACAGCCAGGGACAACGAGCCCAUGGUGGUGUGCGCUGUGCACCCCCCUGCCUCCCAUAGCGCUCCCUCCUUCCUGCGUCAGUAUGCCGGUCAUCUGGGCCGCACCGCCCUGCGCAGAGAGCCGGGUGGGGGGCUGGAAAGAGACAGAGCCUUCCUGAGCCUGCACAGGACUGGAUCUCUGGGCAUCGUCCAUGAAAACGUGAAGAUGGGUUCAGACGGGGAGAGUGACCAGGCAUCUGGGACGUCCUCUGAUGAGGUCCAGAGUCCAGUGAGGGUCCGCAUGAGGAACAACCACCAUCGGCGCAUCUCUAAUGAGGACAUAAACAAACGUUUGUCUCUCCCAGCGGAUAUCAGGCUACCGGAGGGCUACCUGGAGAAGUUUGCCAUGAACAGCCCGCCCUUUGACAAACCCAUGAGCCGCAGGCUUCGACGCGCGUCACUGUCUGAAAUCGGCUUUGGGAAACUUGAGACCUACAUCAAACUGGACAAACUCGGGGAGGGGACCUAUGCUACAGUGUUUAAGGGGCGAAGCAAGUUGACGGACAAUUUAGUAGCUCUGAAAGAGAUCCGACUGGAGCACGAGGAGGGCGCGCCCUGCACAGCUAUCCGGGAAGUGUCUCUCCUGAAAGACUUGAAGCAUGCCAAUAUUGUCACUCUCCAUGACAUUAUCCACACUGACAAGUGCCUGACACUCGUGUUUGAGUACCUGGAAAAAGAUCUGAAGCAAUACAUGGAUGACUGUGGGAGCAUCAUGAGUGUUCACAAUGUCAAGAUCUUCUUGUUUCAGCUUUUAAGAGGUCUUGCGUACUGCCACAGAAGAAAGGUCCUCCACAGAGACCUUAAACCCCAGAAUUUGCUCAUCAAUGAGAAAGGAGAGCUCAAACUGGCAGACUUUGGUUUGGCACGAGCCAAGUCUGUCCCUACGAAGACCUACUCAAAUGAAGUCGUGACAUUAUGGUACCGGCCACCAGAUGUGCUGCUGGGCUCCACUGAGUACUCUACGCCCAUCGACAUGUGGGGUGUUGGCUGCAUCUUUUACGAAAUGAUCACAGGCAGACCUCUCUUCCCUGGAUCAACUGUGGAGGAUGAGCUUCACCUCAUAUUCCGCAUCCUUGGUACUCCUACAGAAGAGACUUGGCCCGGCAUCACAACCAGUGAAGAGUUUAAGACGUACAAUUUCCCCCACUACCACGCAGAGCCCCUCGUCAACCAUGCACCCAGGAUAGACAACGAUGGUCACGACUUGCUCUCAAUGCUCUUACAGUUUGAGGCGAAGAAGCGCGUAUCAGCCGAGGACGCCCUCAGACACUCGUAUUUCAGAAGUCUUGGGGAGCAGCUGCAAACGCUGGCUGAUACUGCAUCCAUCUUCUCUGUAAAAGGCAUUCAGCUCCAGAAAGAUCCAGGGAAGAGAUCCUCUGUCUACCCAGAGUCAACCCAGGGGAAGAGCAGGAGGCAGAGUGUGUUGUUUUAGUGCUGGCGGGGGCGAUGAGAUGAGGAGGACAGUGACACAAGGAGCUGUCGUGUCAGACAUACAUUCACUGACCCUGCCACGCACACACUUGAAGGAGUGACACACGCUGCCACACAGACACACACCUAUACUGAAGAGAAACACACACACAUAGCAAAGUGACACCACACACACAACUAAGGCUGAAGAAUUCAUAUUUAAAAAUAACGACUCAGCUCAACCCUAAAGAUGAAAAAUACAACAAAAAAAAAGAGAAAAUAAACGUGCGUGAUGCUGGAAGAAAAGUGGGAGAGUCUGAGAUUCUCCUUGCUGCUACUACCGCUGCUGCCCAGAGGAGGGCAGCGUUUAGGAUGUGAGCUGACACGGAUUUGAAACAGAACUUGCUGUAAUCAGCGGGCUGGAAGGAGGAAGGAGUCAAAAGUGGACACGAAUCAAAGAGAGGUGGAACCCUGUUGCCCUCUUGUGUUUUUUUUUUUUCUUUUCUUUUUGUCGUUGUACAUAAAGAGACUGAUGAGCUGUAGAACUCUGCUUUUAUCAUGACACACCUAAGCCUGAAUCCAAACUCUAAAUAUUGCACCUCAACUCUAAACCCUUGCCUAUCCUGUCGACCCUUUAUUACAUGAUCUCUAACAAAAAACAACAGACACAAAAUCUCUCUCUCUCUCUCUCUCUCACUCUCUAUCUUUCUGUAUCUCACUUGAACACACACACAGACACACUGAUGGUUCACUUGAAAGUAACAAGUGUGUAUAACAUUGGAGUUUACAAAGAUAAACUUUUGCACCUUAUUGUCCAGUAGAGGUCAGGGUGGCUGUCAUUACCUCAUCUGUCACUCAAGCAGGGUAGGAUGUCAAGUACACGCUAGAGAUAUUGGAAUGAAGAAGAAUCAAAAUGACAGACCAAAAAAAAACAAAACAAAAAAAAGCAGCGUCUCACUAACCAUAGGAAAUGGACAGAUGUGUUGCACACUUCACCGCUCUAGAGUCGAAAAAACGCUCUGCGAUCCACGCACCAGUAGUAGACAUGAACUACAUUUAUCACAUUCUCAUAUGCUGUAAAGAACACUACACUGCAAGCGGCUCCUGUUUCAGCAGACAGAAAGGACAACGUUGAAGGACAGAGAGGUAAAGGAAGUGUACAAAUCCUCACCUGCUUAUUCUUAGACACCCCCCUUCCUCUUUUGCCUUGACUCAGAAGUUGUCUCGAUUCGUUGUCUGAUGUACAGGUGUUGAUGUUGAACUGUUCUCUUUGCACCUGAUUUUACCUCUUUAGACAAUUAGUAGAUCAUUCAGCGACCCCGCCCUCUCCUCUCCUCCCCUCCCCAAGUCCGUGUGCAUUUAUUUUUUACAGUUUUUUCUUCUUCUUCUUCUUCUUUUUUUAAAAUCUGUAUAUAUGAUCAUAUAUUUUACCUGUCAGAAGCAAUGAUAAUUCCAGGAUGCUGUUCUCAGUCUUUACAGUAGGUGACUGGCUGGGAACGUGUUGCACAUUCCUUGAGCUCAGGACUUAUUGCUAGCGUUGUUGUGCGGAUGCGGCGAGGUACAGAUGUGUGUCUCCCCAGUAGAGCAGAGUAUGUUGAACGUGGCCUGAAAACCUUUUUGCUGGUUUAAACUGUACGCGAAGGAGAGGAAAGAUUUCUCUGCAUCAACCUGUCAAGUCUGCUGUGUCGUCCAUCCUCUGUUGAUUUGACCAUGACGUCGCUCUUCGGAUACUACCUUACCCAUGUCAUCUCUUUCAGCAUGUUUCCGUAUUAAACACAAGAUGUUUUUUAAUUGGUAUGUGAAAUAGCUGCUGCUGCUGGGAAAAGGAAUACCUCCUUUAACGUUUGCAUGGGACAUGACCUUAUCACAUGAUUUUUUUUUAAUACACCAAAACACAUCAACAUCUAGAGACUGUACCUUAAAGAACAUGAAGACAAUGACAACACACUGGUCGACAACAGUGUGGUUGUGCUCGCAGCACUGGGACCAGAUAGUUUGUACGACAAAUCGGACUCAUCUUCUAGGUGUAUACUGCAGUAGAAACUGUUCCGUAGCCCGUCUAACUGGGCUAUGACGUAUCUCGAAGCACUCAGACACACUGUUGUUUCAUGCUGUUAAUGUUACAGGCUGCCAGAAACAACAAGACCAAAGUCAGUCCUCCAAGCACCAGGUGUUCAAGCACACAACUGUUUCACACACUGAUCAGCUGACAUGUCAACAUGUACUGUAUCUAUGAGACGGCCUGUGAGCGUAGUUUGGAGUUUCCUGUACCUCAGGCGCUGACCUCGGGGUCAUUUCUGCAUCUUUUUCCCCCAAAAUGGAUUCAGAAAAAGGGAGAAGUGAUCCCACGUCUGUGCCUGUCAGAAGGACUACUUAUUUUCCCAGAGUGUGACAGUAUGUAGCAUGUACAUAGAUGAUCCCUCACUCUGUAUAUACAAAAGUGUACAGGUUUGAUACAGCUAUUCACAUUCUGGCUUUUUUUUUUUUUUUUGCUUUUUUCUUUUUCUUUAAUGAAAGUCAUAGCAAUAUUUCUGUAAUCAAUAAAAAGCCAUGGUAAUAGGAUGAGUAUGAUUGCAUUUGUGUUUAUUUAGGAAGGUGACUGUGAACGAUCAAACUGUGAGACUUGACAAAACUAAUGACAGUUGUUUUUUUUGUUUUUGUUUUUUUUUAACUUUCUUUUUUGGUUGUUUUUUUUUGUUUGUUUGUUUGUUUGCUGUUUAACAUGCUGGAUCCAAAAGGCUGGAAUGAAGUAUCAUGUUGCAAAGGAGUAUAAAACACUGAUUUUUAUUUUUAUUUUUUUUGCUUUUUAUCAAUGAAAGCCAUAAAGGUGACAAAGGUCUGCUGGUGUGUGAGGGGUGUAUACCAUGUUUGAGGACAGACCUUAAGAAGCAAAAAGGAUUUGUACACCUAAUAAAAAAAAUAUUAAAAACAUAAAUAAAUCAUGUAA